AUGGGGGUUGGAAAAGCGCUUCUCUUUUCUCUUCUUCUGCCUUUGAUCUUCUUCAACAAUUGGAAUCGGAACUCUUAUUUCUCUACUACUCAUCGCAAGAAAUCCGAGUAUGUGUUUGAUAAUAUUGAUGAUGCCUUAAACAAGUUUUAUCAGAUGGUAGGUAUGCAUCCACGUCCUUCUGUUAUGAAAUUUGAUCAAUUAGUAGGGGCCAUUGUUAGAAUGAAGCAUUACCCAACUGCUCUUUCUCUUAUUAGACAAAUGGAAUUACUAGGAAUUCAUCCUGAUGUUUGUACUCUUAACAUCUCGCUUAAUUGUUUUUGCCGCUUGCAUCGUCUGGAUUUUGGGUUUUCUGUUUUUGGGAAAAUGUUGAAGCUGGGUAUUCAACCAAGUAUCGUAACAUUCUUCACUUUGAUCAAUGGACUCUGUAUUGGAGGUGAAGUAGCUCAAGCUGUGAGGUUGUUUAAUGACAUGGUUCAGGAAGAAUAUAAGCCUAAUGUAAUCCAUUAUAAUACCAUAGUAAACUGUCUUUGUAAAAUAAGUGACACUAAUGGGGCUAUUAGAUUUUUAAAGGUUAUGAAGAAAAGAGGUUGUGAACCUAACACUACAACAUACAGCAUCAUCAUUGACGGCCUUUGUAAGGAUAAGCAUGCAGCUGAGGCUUUGAAGCUUUUCUCAGAAAUGAAAGGUAAAGGCAUUCCACCAACUGUUGUCACUUAUAAUUCCUUAAUUCAUGCAAUGUGUAAUUCAUGUCAGUGGAAGGUGGUUACAAGAUUAUUGAAUGAAAUGGUGGCUAACAAUUGCAAACCAGAUGUCGUCACGUAUAAUAUUUUGGUUGAUGCACUUUGUAAAGGGGGUAGGGUUUUAGAGGCUCAAGAUAUUAUUGAAAGAAUGAUUCAGCUAGGUUUUGAGCCUGAUAUGUUUACUUAUAAUUCUUUGAUGAAUGGAUAUUGUGGGCGAGGUGAAAUGGAUGAGGCUAGGAAACUUCUGAAUUUUCUGGUUAGUAGUGGUUAUGGUGUGGAUGCUUUUACCUACAACACUGUGAUCAAUGGAUACUGUAAAGCUAGAAGGAUGAAUGAGGCAGUGGAACUUUUUCAUGAAAUGACUCAAAAUGGAUCAAUACCUGACACUGUUACGUACAACACUCUUAUAAGUGGCAUGUCACUGAUAGGGAGACUCUCGGCUGCACAAGAACUUUUCAAAGAAAUGGGUGCACAUGGCACGGUACCAGACAAGAUCACUUACUUUACUUUGUUAGAUGGCUUGUGCAAGCAUGGUCAAAUUAAUGAUGCAUUGGGACUUUUUCAUGUAAUGCAGAACAGUGGGUUGGAACCUGACAUUGUCCACUAUAAUAUCUUAAUUAAUGGCUUGUGUCAAGUUGGGCAACUUAAAGUUGCAAGGAAAUUAUUUUAUGCACUCACAGUCAGAGGAUUACAUACUAAUGUUUACACUUAUAACAUAAUGAUUAAAGGUCUGUGUAAAGAAGGGCUACCAAAUGAAGCAUAUAAGUUGCUUAGGAAAAUGGAAGUGGAUGGUUGCAUGCCAAAUAGUUGCUCUUAUAAUACGAUGAUCCAAGGAUGUCUUCAAAACAAUGACAUAUCGAGGGUAGCACAAAUUCUUCAUGAAAUGGUUAAGAAAGGAUUUUCUGCAUAUAUUUCCACAGCAGCCAUGCUAGUGGAUCUGUUGUCUAGUAAUUCAACAGGUGAAUCUUUUUGUGCACUUCUCAGAAACUGUGAAGACUAUCAAAGCAUUUAUAUGAAGUGACUUCUUCUCAGCCAACAUUUGUGCAAUAAAUCCAAACAAGGUUUAUGAUCUGUAAAUGUUCAAAGUGGUUACUAAUUCCUUCCUAUUAACUUGAGGAAGAAGGCACUAUUUUACUCCUUGAUCAGGCAUUAUGCAGCCUGCAGGCACUCUUGAAUUGAGAAAGAAGGCUGAUUUGGCAUUUUGCAGCUUGCAGGUCAGUAUUUGCUCAAGUUCUUGAGACAAUGCUACAAAAGGUUUCCAAAUUUCAAGUCAAUUUAUUUCUAGCUGGAGUAAGCUAAGCAGGUUUACAAAACUGGAUACCUUGUUCUGUAUUAUUUAAUUUCCUACUUGAUUAUAAUAAGCAAUCGUAGGAGUUGAAGUUUGAGGAUCAAAUGAGCAGUGGUAGAAAGCACCAUAUCAGUUGCAUUUUUUUGGCUUCUUGUGCAAGCAGUGGUGUAUACAUUUGGAAUGUAAUGUCGCUGAUGUUGCCUUCCUCGGCAAUGUGUGCGUCUGAAGCUGUUAUUGUGGCUCUUGCUGUACAUGUUUGUUAGGUCAUCUGCAAAGAAUGCGAUGCAAGCAUGAAAGACAUAUGGCCAAGCCAGAGCUAUUUGCAUCUUCUCUUUCUCUACUCUAAGCAUGUUUGUUUUGGUUCUUUCACUCCUCAUCAUCUUUCCUGUAAGCUAUUCAAUCAAGGAACUUUUGAGUUUUUGCAUCUGUAUAAUUCAUCAAGUUACUAUAGCCUUCUUCAAGUUCAAAAGUCUUUGCAAAUCAAACAAACUUAAGAGUAUGGUGGCUUAAAGGUACAUUAUAAGUGCAUCAAUAGUUGUUCUUCUUGAGUCUGUUGUACUGUUUUAAAUGCUUUUACUGA